CGCCGCAGGACGCAGGGAAGCCGACAAGCGAGCGGCAGCGGCGGUGGUGGUUCGCGGCAAGGGCGACGGCUCUGUGGCCGAGUGGCCGUCCGACGCGGACCUCGGUGCCCUCUUCCGCAUGCGUCCGUCGUGAUUGAUUUUUGUACCUUUUUCACGUUUGAAAAUGGUGAAGCUCGAUAUUCAUACUUUGGCACAUCACCUCAAGCAGGAGCGCUUAUAUGUAAACUCUGAGAAACAGCUCAUUCAGAGGCUCAAUGCGGAUGUACUUAAGACAGCUGAAAAGUUGUAUCGURCAGCAUGGAUUGCAAAGCAACAGAGAAUUAAUUUGGAUCGGCUUAUCAUAACCAGUGCUGAAGCUUCCCCUGCUGAAUGUUGCCAGCAUGCCAAGAUUUUGGAAGAUACACAGUUUGUUGAUGGUUAUAAGCAGUUAGGAUUUCAGGAGACUGCUUAUGGAGAAUUCUUGAGUAGAUUAAGGGAGAAUCCUCGUCUUAUUGCCUCCUCUUUGGUUGCUGGAGAAAAACUUAAUCAGGAGAACACACAAAGUGUUAUUUACACAGUUUUUACCUCUCUAUAUGGCAAUUGUAUUAUGCAAGAAGAUGAAAGCUACCUCCUUCAGGUUUUGCGAUACUUGAUUGAAUUUGAACUUAAAGAAAGUGACAACCCCAGGCGACUUUUGAGGAGAGGAACUUGUGCCUUCAGCAUCUUAUUUAAACUUUUUUCCGAGGGACUCUUUUCUGCGAAACUUUUCCUCACAGCUACUUUACACGAGCCAAUCAUGCAACUGCUUGUUGAAGAUGAAGAUCACCUGGAAACAGAUCCAAACAAGUUAAUUGAGAGAUUCUCCCCUUAUCAACAGGAAAAACUCUUUGGAGAGAAAGGCUCAGAUAGAUUUAGGCAAAAGGUUCAAGAGAUGGUAGAAUCCAAUGAGGCCAAACUGGUGGCGUUGGUGAACAAAUUUAUUGGUUAUCUCAAACAGAAUACAUAUUGCUUUCCACAUAGUUUGAGGUGGAUUGUGUCACAAAUGUACAAAACUCUUUCCUGUGUAGACAGACUGGAAGUCGGAGAGGUCAGGGCAAUGUGUACUGAUCUCCUCUUGGCUUGCUUUAUUUGUCCUGCAGUUGUCAAUCCAGAACAGUAUGGCAUAAUUUCUGAUGCUCCUAUUAAUGAAGUGGCAAGAUUUAAUCUAAUGCAGGUUGGCCGCCUUCUGCAGCAGUUAGCAAUGACUGGCUCUGAAGAGGGAGAUCCUCGGACAAAAAGCAGCCUUGGAAAAUUUGACAAAAGCUGUGUUGCUGCUUUCCUUGAUGUUGUGAUUGGGGGCCGUGCAGUGGAGACCCCUCCAAUGUCCUCUGUUAAUCUUCUGGAAGGGUUGAGCAGAACUGUGGUUUAUAUAACCUACAGUCAGCUUAUUACUCUGGUAAAUUUCAUGAAGAGUGUGAUGUCUGGAGAUCAACUGAGAGAAGAUAGAAUGGCUCUUGACAAUUUAUUGGCAAAUCUACCCCAGGCUAAGCCAGGAAAAAGCAGCAGUUUAGAAAUGACUCCUUAUAGUACCCCUCAGCUCUCCCCAGCAACCACUCCAGCAAAUAAAAAGAAUCGAUUACCUAUAGGACAACAGUUAGCAGCCAUCACUGCCUGGGAUUCCUCAGCCACCAAUCUUACUGCUCAUAUUACACUAGUAACCCCAUUUGCAACUCGGAGCAGAAGCCGCACUAAUAUGCUAAUGGACCUACAUAUGGACCAUGAAGGAUCAUCUCAAGAAACCAUCCAGGAGGUCCAACCAGAAGAAGUGUUGGUCAUUUCUUUAGGGACAGGUCCCCAGCUUACUCCAGGGAUGAUGUCAGAAAAUGAGGUCCUAAACAUGCAGCUUUCUGAUGGAGGACAAGGAGAUGUCCCUGUUGAUGAAAACAAACUCCACGGUAAACCUGAUAAAACCUUGCGCUUUUCCCUCUGCAGUGAUAAUCUGGAAGGCAUAUCUGAAGGUCCUUCAAAUCGGUCCAAUUCAGUGUCCUCUCUAGACCUGGAAGGAGAGUCUGUAUCAGAACUUGGAGCAGGACCUUCUGGGAGUAAUGGAGUUGAAGCUCUACAGCUCUUAGAACAUGAACAAGCUACGACACAAGAUAAUCUUGAUGAUAAGCUAAGGAAGUUUGAGAUUCGUGACAUGAUGGGACUAACAGAUGAUAGGGACAUAUCAGAAACAGUGAGUGAGACCUGGAGUACAGAUGUCUUGGGAAGUGACUUUGACCCUAACAUCGAUGAAGAUCGCUUGCAAGAAAUUGCAGGUGCAGCCGCGGAGAACAUGUUAGGCAGUUUGCUGUGCCUCCCAGGUUCAGGGUCAGUACUUCUUGACCCCUGCACUGGUUCUACCAUCUCAGAGACAACAAGUGAAGCUUGGAGCGUAGAGGUACUACCAAGUGACUCAGAGGCCCCGGACCUAAAGCAGGAGGAGCGUCUACAAGAGCUGGAGAGCUGUUCUGGACUGGGCAGCACAUCUGAUGAUACGGAUGUCAGGGAGGUCAGUUCCCGCCCCAGCACACCAGGCCUCAGUGUCGUGUCGGGUAUAAGUGCAACCUCUGAGGAUAUUCCUAAUAAGAUUGAAGACCUAAGAUCUGAGUGUAGCUCUGAUUUUGGGGGUAAAGAUUCUGUCACUAGUCCAGACAUGGAUGAAAUAACUCAUGGCGCCCAUCAGCUGACCUCUCCUCCUUCUCAGGCAGAGUCUCUGCUCGCCAUGUUUGAUCCUCUGUCUUCACAUGAAGGGGCUUCUGCUGUAGUAAGGCCAAAGGUUCACUAUGCCAGGCCAUCACAUCCACCCCCAGACCCCCCGAUCCUGGAAGGAGCAGUGGGAGGAAAUGAGGCCAGGUUGCCCAACUUUGGUUCCCACAUGUUAACUCCAGCUGAAAUGGAGGCUUUUAAGCAAAGACAUUCUUACCCUGAGAGACUAGUUCGCAGCAGGAGCUCUGAUAUAGUAUCUUCUGUCCGGAGACCCAUGAGUGACCCCAGCUGGAACCGUCGUCCAGGGAAUGAAGAGCGAGAACUCCCUCCAGCUGCAGCCAUUGGUGCUACUUCUUUGGUGGCUGCACCUCACUCAUCAUCGUCGUCCCCGAGUAAGGACUCUUCAAGAGGAGAGAUUGAAGAACGCAAAGAUAGUGAUGACGAGAAGUCAGACAGGAACAGACCUUGGUGGAGAAAACGUUUUGUUUCAGCCAUGCCUAAAGCUCCUAUACCAUUUAGAAAGAAAGAAAAACAAGAAAAAGACAAAGAUGAUCUGGGGCCUGACAGAUUCUCAACACUCACAGAUGAUCCCAGCCCUAGGCUCACUGCACAAGCUCAGGUUGCUGAGGAUAUUCUGGACAAAUACCGGAAUGCCAUUAAACGGACCAGCCCCAGUGAAGGAGCAAUGGCAAACUAUGAAAAUGCAGAGGUCAUGGGUGAUGGUGAAAGUGCUCAUGAUUCUCCUCGGGAUGAAACACUACAGAACAUCUCAGCUGAUGAUCUCCCAGACUCUGCGAGCCAAGCAGCCCACCCUCAGGAUUCAGCUUUUUCUUAUAGAGAUGCGAAAAAGAAACUGAGGCUUGCUCUUUGCUCUGCGGACUCUGUUGCCUUCCCAGUGUUAACCCAUUCAACAAGAAACGGAUUACCAGACCAUACAGACCCAGAAGACAAUGAAAUUGUAUGCUUCUUAAAAGUUCAGAUAGCUGAAGCAAUUAAUUUACAAGAUAAGAACUUAAUGGCUCAACUUCAAGAAACAAUGCGUUGUGUAUGCCGUUUUGAUAAUAGGACAUGUAGGAAACUGCUGGCAUCCAUUGCUGAGGACUACAGGAAAAGAGCCCCAUAUAUCGCUUACCUCACUCGCUGUCGACAAGGACUGCAGACUACGCAGGCUCACCUGGAGAGGCUCUUGCAAAGGGUUUUACGGGACAAAGAGGUAGCCAAUCGAUAUUUUACCACUGUCUGUGUGAGGUUACUGCUUGAGAGCAAAGAAAAGAAGAUCAGGGAAUUCAUUCAAGAUUUUCAGAAACUCACAGCAGCUGAUGAUAAAACUGCUCAGGUAGAAGAUUUUCUACAGUUUCUUUAUGGUGCAAUGGCCCAGGAUGUCAUAUGGCAAAAUGCAAGUGAAGAGCAGCUGCAGGAUGCUCAGCUGGCCAUCGAACGAAGUGUGAUGAAUCGCAUUUUCAAGCUUGCCUUCUACCCUAAUCAGGAUGGGGAUAUCCUUCGUGAUCAGGUUCUUCAUGAACAUAUCCAGAGAUUGUCUAAAGUAGUGACUGCAAAUCACAGAGCUCUUCAGAUCCCAGAGGUUUAUCUUCGGGAAGCACCGUGGCCAUCUGCACAAUCAGAAAUCAGGACAAUAAGUGCUUAUAAAACCCCCCGGGACAAAGUGCAGUGCAUCCUGAGAAUGUGCUCUACAAUUAUGAACCUCCUGAGCCUGGCCAAUGAGGACUCUGUCCCUGGAGCUGAUGACUUUGUUCCUGUGUUGGUGUUUGUGUUGAUAAAGGCAAACCCACCUUGCCUGCUGUCCACUGUGCAGUACAUCAGCAGCUUCUAUGCCAGCUGUCUGUCUGGAGAAGAGUCCUAUUGGUGGAUGCAGUUCACAGCAGCAGUAGAAUUCAUUAAAACCAUUGAUGACCGAAAGUGACCAAGACAAAGGCCCACCAUGGCAGCAGACUGUUAGUCAGGCAAACAGAUCUCUAAGAAAAUGCAGCAGCUGCUUUGAAGGCUGAAGAUUGUUUUUGUAUAAUAUUGUACAGCAUUCAGACAUUUUAAAACAGAUCUUUACUAAAACAGAUUAAUGAGCUAACAAGCAGGUUCUCUUUUCUUUGGGCUCUUUUCCUUUCUAAGUUGCAUAUUUAAUUUUCUUGUCCCCAAGUAGAGAAUA